UAAAAAAAAUCGUCCCCUUAUUACUCUUUGUAUCCGUAUUUAGAGUUCGUGAAAUAAAAAUCUUUUCGAUCGAGUAAUGAUAAAAUGCUCGCAGACGCAGAUGAACCCGACGCUCGUAAAAUCGUGGCUGCAACGCGGUGAAUUCGAGAAACUCGAGAAUGUCGUUCUCGAAGGACGCGGAGCUCGCCUGUUAGGUGAACAGUCGCCGGACCUCAGAACUCGUGUCUUCCUUAAAGGACUCCCAAAUUACUUGACGAAAAUCUCUCAAGUGCACGAGGCAGUUGCCCGAGGUUCCCUAGCAGAGACGCAAAGACUCAUCGCGGAGGAGCCUAAAAAGAAGUUGGCGAUCGCGAAGGAUCCAGCUGGGAGGCCAUUGCUCCACAAAGCUGUCUACCACGAUCAACAGGACAUCGUCGAGUGGCUCGUGCAGAAUUAUCCUAUCACUGUGCAGCAGAGAGACAGGGAAGGGAGAACAGCGUUACAUUACUGUGCAGCUUGCAAGGAUCCGGACGCGAUUUGGGAUGUCCUCAUAGAAGGUGGUUGCGACGCAAGUAUCUGCGACAAAAAGGGCAAUCCGGCGGCUUACUAUCUGGAAAACAGCUCGGAGAUCGAACUACCGGAAACGGAGAGCAUGCACCGGCGAAAAGCCAGCAGUGCGAAAGAGCCCCUGGACGUCAAGCCAUCUAAUAUUAGAAUAUGGAUCCACAAUCGAGAUAUCGGCAAACUACAGCAGGUUUUAUGGGAAGGGCACGGAAACAAAUUGCGCAGGGAGACCAGCAACAACCCACGCGUGAAAAGGUUCUUGGAAGCUGUGCCAUUUAUCAUGGGCACCGUAAAAGAGGUUCACACAUCAGCAGUGCAAAACGACAUAGAGGAACUUCGGAAGAAAAUAGACUCCACUUCGCCCAUUGUUCUUUGUAGCAAAGAUUGCAAUGGUUUAAACGUCCUGCAUAAGGCCGCUGGAUUGGGUCUCACAGAAAUGACCCGGGAGAUCCUGUCGACGUAUCCUUCGGUCGUGGAAGCGCAGGACAACGACGGCAAGACGGCGUUGCAUUAUGCAGCUUCGGUGAAAGAUGAUGAUUUGUACAACUUGUUAACGGAGUAUGGGGCCGACGAAAGCAAAUUGGACAAUAGAUCAAAGGCUGCAGCUUUCUAUAAGAACCGACCUUCGGAUAUAGAUCAAACACUUCUAACAGUAAUACCGGAAGCACCUCGUGUUUCCGGAACGUCGUAUCCUAAACAUUGGGACUGGAGGAUCUUGGAAGCUGAGGUUCCAAGAGGGAUGAAGAAGGCUGUCAGUGCGGAUAUUGACAGUGCAUUUGGCAGUGCCGAAUCUGCUUCGAAGAAAUACAGUAGAUCCAUGGAACAGAUAAAGCGAGCAGAGGGCGAUCAGAAAGGAGAGGAGUCAGAAAACGUCGAAGGGGCGGACGCCGAAGAAGGUGUUGAGCAGGCUGAGGAAGCUGCGGAGGAGGAAGAGGCAGCCGAGAACGAAGAGAACGCCGAAGCUGCAGAAGAUGCAGAGGCUGCGGAGGAAGCCGGCGAAGAAGCAGAGGCUGAAGAAGCAAAGGCUGAAGAGGCAAACGAAGAACAAACGGAAGAGGCAGCAGCGAAUCCUGAUGAAGCGGAGGAGAAGUCCUCGGACGACGAUGUGGUAACAGGUGCGCCAGCGGAGGAAGCGGAAGAGGCCAAAGAGGAAGAGGAACCUGAAAAUGCGGCUGAGGAAGAAGAGGCCAAAGAGGACGCGGAACAGGAGGAAGAGAACAAGGAAGAGGAGCCUGAAAAUCCAGAGCCUGAGGCUGAAGAAGAAGAAACCAAAGAGGACGACGCGGACGCUAAGCCGGAGGAACAAGAGGACGAGAACAAGGAAGAGAGGAACGAGCCGAGCACCGGCGACUCCGGGGUCGAUGAUCCAGCGAACGACGAAGACCAGGUGAUCGCCGGCGAGCACGAGGAACUUCCGGACGCAGAGCUAAACGAGGCAAGCAUGUCGGCGGACCCGGAGAUCGAGAAGCUGAUGGAGAACGGGAACAUGGAGCAAUUAGCGACGUUGGUCCUCAACGGCGAAGGCAGAAGACUCGUCGGCAGACACUCCAAGAAUCCCGAGCUCCAGGCUUUCAUCGAUCGAGUUCCAUCGUACAUGGGUAAAAUUCACGCCGUGCACAUGGCAGCAAGAGAAGGAAAUCUGAGGGAUCUACAAAGUGCAUUGGAUCGCCGCAAGUUUGCAGUUGCAAGGGACGGAUCGUCCCCGCGUGGAUCUACGCCGCUUCACGUUGCAGUUGUAUUUGGAAACACCACUAUCAUCAGGUAUCUGGCAGGCAGGUUUCCAGAAACCACAAACGCGAUCGAUCUAGACGGCCGAACGCCCUUGCACUAUGCGGCAACACUCGCAGACAACGGCCAUUACUACAACCUUCUGCUGCAUUUAGGUGCAAAUCCUCAGAUGCAAGACAACUUCGGGCAAAAGGCUGACUAUUACAAGCAAGACCAAUCAGAAUUCUCACAUAAAUCAUUACUCCGUGAUUUCGGAGCGAACGAGAGCCUCGCCGACGAAAUGUUGACUGACAAAGUACCCGGAGGCGACACGGUCUCAGCUCGGCGAGACAUAACCGAGCCGGAGACCCUAGCUACCCUGGAGCGGUGUUUCCGGCUCCUGGCCGGCUCAAAGCAUGAUCAGCAAUUGGAAAUACCGAUAUUUAGAGAAGAGGAGGGUCGAUACUUAGCAUCGUCUCUCGGCGAUCCAUUGUUGAAAGGCUUAACGGAAGUGGCUAACGCGCGGCCAAAAGAUCCGGUCACUUAUCUGGCAACGUAUUUGUACAAUUUCGCCAAUAAAACGAAGAACGAUGAACAAGAGGAGGAGGCUAACGUUUUAAUUAUCCCUGAACGCGAAGAGGGGGUAGUAGAAGAUGGUGAAAAUGAGAAUCCUGAUGACGAUGCCGGUUAUCCGCAGAGUCCAGGCUCUGACGUGCCGGAAUCAGCUUUCAGCAACCCUAACAGAGAUGAACAUGGACAAAGCGUCGUCCAUUUCGCAGCGAUUCGUUCUUACGCGAAGGAUGGCCUGUUCCAUCUCCUUCAGGAAAGCCAAGUCAAUAUUGGAUUCAGAGACGAAUUGUAUAGGACUGCAAGAGAUGUCGCCGAAUUGGCAAAUAUUAGAGAAAAUGUCGAGGAAAUUAACCGUUACGUAGCUUACUUGGCAGCCAGAGGCGAAACCGAAAAGCUAGUGGAAUUGUUACUGGAAGGAUACGACCACAUUUUGGACAUCGAAGACGGAGGUGUGAAUAUUGUGGAUAUCGCGGCUGAACGAGGACGAGAUGCAACCGUGCAAUUUCUGCAGUCCAUACCAAAUUACGUGACACAACGCGAGGAAGUGCAUCACGAGAUUCGAACAGGCAAUACCGAAAGGGCGAAGGAGUUGCUGCAUAGGAACAAUGGGGGUGGAAAGUUGUUAGCGAUGGGGAAGAAUCCAAUGAGCAGAUGCGCCCUUCACAUUGCUGUUCUUCGCGAGAACGAGGAACUGGUCGAAUUCAUUGCCAAAAUGUAUCCAGAAACUCUGCGAAUCGGAGACAACUUGGAGAGAACCGCUUUACAUUACGCAAUGGGCCUGGAAUCGGUCGAACAGUUGAGCAACAUUCUGACCAAGGCGGGUGCAAAACGCACCAUCAAAGAUCUGAAAUCACGACAACCUUCCUACUACUUCAUGAACAAGUCCGAGAUCGAGAGGCUUCAAGAAGAAGAGGAACGUCUGCUGAAGUAGACGCGGCCGGACGAUGCUGACCCGCGUUUCGGUCAUUUUGCUUGAACGUGCAGUUCCGAUCGAACGAAUAUUCUAGGUCAGUUAACAGGGAGACGCAUGAAUACGACAAUGUGCCACUUUAUUCUGUGUAUUACGACUACUAUUGGACUUCGUUUCUCAAGACACGUCUGGUACAACGAACGGCUAGAAGCUACUAUCCGUAACCCCGUGUAAAAAAAAAGAGAUAAACAAAAAGGAUAAAGAGACGAUGGUUUUGUAUAACGUACCGACGUCGCAUAAUGUAUAUAUAUGAUACAGUGUUAGCGAUAGAAAUACUAAAUAAACGAAACAAAAAAGAGGAUA